AUGUCCAGUGCCACUCAAACCACAGACUCCUCUGCAGAUGCUAAACCCAAGCCAGUCAUAUUCUGCAUUGGUAUGGCUGGUUCAGGUAAAACCACAUUCAUGCAGAGAUUGAACUCUCACAUCCACUCAAAGAAACAAAUUCCAUAUGUCAUCAAUUUGGAUCCCGCGGUGCUCAAAGUCCCAUUUGGUGCCAAUAUCGACAUAAGGGACUCAAUAAAGUAUAAAAAAGUGAUGGAGGAAUACAACUUGGGUCCAAAUGGUGCCAUUGUAACCUCGUUGAACUUAUUCUCCACCAAGAUUGAUCAAGUCAUCAAGUUGGUUGAUAAGAAGCAAGAUAAGAUAUCCAAUGUGAUUAUUGAUACACCUGGACAAAUCGAAUGUUUCAUAUGGAGUGCUAGUGGGUCAAUCAUAACUGAAGCUUUCGCGUCAUCGUACCCUACUGUAAUUGCUUAUAUUGUUGAUACUCCAAGAACAACCAGUCCUACUACGUUCAUGUCAAAUAUGCUUUACGCCUGUUCCAUAUUGUACAAGACCAAACUCCCCAUGAUUGUGGUGUUCAACAAGACCGAUGUACAAAGCUGUGACUUUGCCAAGGAAUGGAUGAGCGAUUUUGAGAAUUUCCAAAUGGCGGUGCAAAAGGAUCAACAACAGAACGAAGAGCAAGGCAGUGGAUACAUGAGCAGUUUGGUGAAUUCAAUGUCGCUAAUGUUGGAAGAGUUUUAUUCUAAUCUAGACGUGGUCGGAGUGAGUUCAUACACUGGUCAGGGGUUUGAUGAGUUUAUGAAUGCUGUGGAUAAUAAAGUUGAUGAGUAUAAUGAGUUCUACAAGGCCGAAAGAGAACGGAUAUUGAAAAAGAAGGAAGAGGAUGAGAAAAAGAGACAAACGAAAUCUUUGAAUAAAUUGAUGAAGGAUAUGGAUAUGAAGGAUAAGAAGAAGAAGAAGAAGAAGGACGGCCAGGAUGGCGAAGUUUUAUCCGACUUUGAUGAUGAUGAGGAUGUGGAUGAGGAACUACAAGGAGAAGUAUUGCCUGAUGAGGAAGAAGAAGAUGGGGACCAGUUGGGUAACCCAUCACGGGAAUAUACUUUUGCCGAAGACCGUCAAUCGGAGUUGGAUGCAACUAAGGAUGCUGACUUGCAAGCUAGAUAUCAACAAGCAAUGGAAGCUAGAGGAAAGCCAGUGUCGUCGCAAACUGCAGAAAACAUUGCUAAUUACAUCAAUAGAACUCAAUAG